GGGCUUCAUUUCCUUUCUGUCACAGAGGAGACACAGAAGAAAAUAGAGCCGCUAUUUUUCUCUCUGACCCAAUAUCAAAGUUUCAGGUUGCGCGGCGGAGUUAAAUCAACGGAUCCUGUGUGGUUACCAUAAAACCGAGCUGGUCUACUGAGUGGUUGAUCUGCAGCAGAAUGAACAGCGCAGCUGCAUAUACCCCUCUCAUGCCCACCUCAGCCAACACUUUCAGCAAUGCCCCAUUUUAUGAAGGCAAUGUGUCGGCAGGAGCUAUGUACCCACCUGUCAUGGCACCCCAAGCCAACAUGUUUGGCAAUGUCCCAGGCUAUGAAGGCACUGUGCCAGGAGGAGGAGGUUUCCUGCCUCCUCCCAUGCCCAUGGAGCCAGUAGCUCCACCCCAACCCGCCCCUGAAAAUCCUGAAUGGAGCAUCCCCUCUCUGUCUGAAAAUGCAGCUCGCGAGGCUUUAAAGGAAUUUGUGUCGUCUCAUUGCUGCUACGGUGACGCACCAGUCACUCAGGGAGUCAUCACCUCCAUGGAGCCAUUCAACACAUUUAGGUACCGUCUGGAGACAUUCACUGAGUCCAGGUCAACUGACUGGGCCCACAAACCACAUGAAGGUGAGCCUGCUGACUUUUACGCCCAGCCCGCUCCACGACCAUGGGAGGUCCAGGCCACACCCCCCAAACUUUUCAGUGACCACACAGAGAAGAUCCGGGUGCCCUACACGUCCUCCGUCAAGCAAUGCCACACGUGCAAUGCAGCAGGUACUGAGCAAUGCAAGGAGUGCAGUGGAAGUGGAAAAAAAACUUGCCCGAUGUGUAAUGGUGCGGCAAAGUCCGAUCCAGCCUGCACUCACUGUAAUGGCACAGGCAAAGACAGGUGUACAAAGUGUAAUGGUAGUGGGAAAAAGCAAUGUGAAACCUGUAAAGGAAAACGUCAACUGCUGACCUACAUUGAGCUGAAAGUGGAAUGGGUCUACCCACUGCUUGGCUUUCCAAACCCAGCAGUCUCUCAGGCCUCUGAGCGUCUGAUCAAAGAACAUCAAACUAAGUAUGGCAAAACCUCCAGGAUUCUGCAGCAGAGGCAGACGGUCGAGCUGAUCCCCAUCACUCAGGUGAACUACAAGUGGAAAGACAAGAGCUACGUCUACUACGUGUACGGCAACGAGCGCAAAGUCAGUGCUGAUGACUACCCAGAGACCUGCUGCUGCGUCAUCCUGUAGACCACAGGUGUCUGGUGUCCUGCAAGUUUUAGUGAGUCCUUGAUCCAACACAGCUGAUUUAAAG